AUGCUUACCAUCCCAGUUUUCGUCGAAACGCCUAUAUCACGCGACACAAGUUUGUCAUUUUCGUUGGAACUAGCUUCAAGAAAACCAUCAACAACGGCGGCGAUCGGCGUUGGGGUGCAGCCCGUGUUAUCAUCCGGCUAUCAUAACACGGUGCCACCCCAGAACGGGGGUGGUGGUUCGACAUUUAGUGCCGCGGCGAUGGUGGCAGCUGCCACCGCUACGGCCACCGCCACUGCUAGCGUGGUGGCCAUGCAGGACCGCCAAGACAUCCCCGCACAAUUUAACCAGAUGCAGGGCCAACAUGGAAUACCGCAUCAAACUUACAACGCAGGGUACGCCCAGAGAGGACCAAUGGCCGGAAUGGGGCCAGUCGGGAUGAGCAACUUUAAUAGCAUGGGCACGAUGAGCCCAAUGCACUCUAUGAAUUCCAUGAAUUCGAUGAACAGUAUGAAUGGCAUGAACUCGAUGAAUCCUAUGUCGAUGGGUGGUAUGAAUGGUAUGAAUGGUAUAAACGGAAUGACCCCCAUGAGCUCUAUGAGUAACAUGGGUAAUAUGGGCAUGAACAAUAUGAUGGGACCUAACAACAUGCAAAUGAACAAAAUGAGCAUGCAAGCUCAACCUCACCAAGGCUAUCCAAGGAGACUAGCGCCUUAUCCAAACCCCGCGAUGCAUAUGGCGCAAAAGAGGCAACAAGGCCCGUACGCGGGUCCUAACCCGGCUGCAAUGCAGCCAGCCUUCAGCGGCAUGUCGUCGUCACAGUAUCCGACCAAUUACCCUAGUGCAGCGAGGCCGAAUUUUCAACCUCAAUACCAACCUAUGCAGAGUAUGAAUCCGUCGGCUGCUGGCUUUGGGCCUAACUCUAUGAUACGGAGUAAUAACAUGAGGCAAACUGCGCCUUCAUACAACACCGCUAAUCAGGCUACUAGUAACCAAUAUUACGGUAGUAACGGUAUACCGGUUAGUAUGGGACCUACGACGGUUGGGAAUCAGUUCGUUGGUCAUCAACCAAACUCAGGAUACGCCGGUAGCGCGUCUUCGUAUGGUGCAACUGGUGCUGCAACCAGUCAAUAUCAACAAGAUGUUGCAUCAAUGAGAACGACAGGCGCGGGGAAUUUAAAUUACCAACACAGUCCUAUUCCCGGUAAUCCGACUCCGCCGUUGACACCAGCCACCAGUAUGCCUCCUUACAUCAGUCCGAAUCCGGAUAUUAAGCCUAAUUUCAACGAAAUGAAAUCACCGGUUAAUAUUCAGAAGGAUGAUGAGUUAAGAUUAACAUUCCCCGUGAGGGAUGGCAUUAUUCUUUCACCCUUCCGCUUAGAACAUAAUCUGGCUGUAAGCAAUCAUGUUUUCCAACUGAAAUCCACGGUACAUCAAACGUUGAUGUGGCGAUCUGAUCUGGAACUGCAACUCAAGUGUUUCCACCAUGAGGAUAGGCAAAUGAACACGAAUUGGCCAGCGAGCGUGCAAGUUUCUGUAAACGCUACGCCGUUAGUUAUUGAUCGUGGUGAGAAUAAAACAUCUCAUAAGCCUUUAUACCUGAAAGAUGUUUGUCAACCUGGAAGAAACACGAUACAAAUUACUGUAUCGGCAUGUUGUUGUUCUCAUUUGUUCGUGCUUCAAUUAGUUCAUCGACCAAGUGUGAGAAGCGUACUUCAUGGCUUGUUACGUAAAAGGCUACUAACGGCGGAGCAUUGUAUUACUAAAAUUAAACGGAAUUUCAAUAAUACUAUUUCAAAUAACGGUAUACAGUCGGAGAAAGAUGUCGUAGAACAAACAGCACUUAAGGUAUCCUUAAAAUGUCCUAUUACUUUUAAACGUAUUACACUGCCAGCUAGAGGACAUGACUGUAAACAUAUUCAGUGCUUUGAUUUGGAGUCAUACCUACAGCUAAAUUGUGAACGAGGAGCUUGGCGAUGUCCUGUAUGCUCAAAACCUGCACAAUUAGAAGGUUUAGAAGUUGAUCAAUAUAUGUGGGGCAUUUUGAACACUCUAAACACUGCAGAAGUGGAAGAAGUUACGAUAGAUUCGAUGGCGAAUUGGAAACCAGCAAAGAAUUUAACUGCUGGUAUUAAAUCUGAAGAAGAAAAUGAUUGUAAGAGAAUGACAAAGGCAAUGUCACCUGGAAGUAUGAACAUGCCUACUAUGAAUAAUUGGGAUAUGAAUCAAGCAAUGAGUCCAUACAUACCACCUGAUAUGAGUAGCAUCGUAAGCGGCUCUAUGAUGAAUAAUACACCAACCACGUACGGAAAUAAUAACAUCAAUCAUCGGAAUUCAUCGGGAGGAUCUUUCGAUAUUAAUUCCGGAGCGAAUACGAAUACCAAUAAUGAUUAUACUAAUGGAACUGGGCCUCUUUCGCACUUAAACGAAUCGGUGAACUCUUUAGAUCCUCUGAAUGCUAUGGAAAAAUCACUUAACGAUCAAAUGCCCCACACACCUCAUACACCUCAUACUCCUCACACACCACACACACCAGGUGGUGGAAACAGUGGUCCACCAAGUGUUCCUCCUGCAUCCCAAGAGUCCACUGGAAACCUCAACACAUCUGGUAAUACGAAUACAAACAUAACCAACGAUACUGCAGAUAUACCAUCAGAUUUAAAUUUUGACCCAGCUGCGGUGAUAGAUGGCGAGGGUACAGGUCAAGAAGCAUUGAAUCUCUUACCAGAUAAUGUUGUGGAUCCGAUGGAAUUACUUUCAUAUCUAGAUCCACCAGAUCUGAAUACCCCUCCCAGCAGCGGCGCUAGCAGUGGUAACCCCUCAUCAAGUGAUGAUAUAUUAGCACUUUUUGAAUAA